AUGCUGGAAACUAUUGGGGGUGUUCAAGGGGUGUCCAAGGUGAGCAACCUACACACGUCAAUCAAUGCAUGCGCGACUAGUCAGCUUGCUAAGUUUAUGCAUGUAACGUUAUAGCUAGCUAGUCUUGAUGAGCUAUGUUAUAAUUCACACCGUAUUUGUUUACUGUACUGAGGCGCUAGCUAGCUAGUGCAGCUAUGCCUACCUGCUCACAUGAUAUGUUGUUCCCAUACUCACCACCACCAUUUGUAUUGUUCUGUUGACUAUGAUAAACUAAACAGGAAGUGUUUCUCCACAGACCUAUGCUGACCCCAGCAGGCGGUUGGAGCUGCGCUUUCGUCCCCAGGACCCGUUCUGCCACCCUGUCUGUGGAAACUGUUUCCCAUCCACCAACCUGCUGCUGCGCGUGAAAAGGAGGGUGCGCAAAGGCAACUCCAAGGAAGCCCAAAUCAACAUGGACGUCCUGGGUGUCAUUGGGACAACAUACUCUUAAACUCCAAACACUUGACCCCAUUAUAUCACUGUGUGAUUCCUUCCCAUUGCCUCCCUACUUUGAUCUGUGCUGUUAUUACUCUUCAUUGUCUAUUUGUUGAUGUAUGUUGUACAUUUGUUUAUUGUUGCAGGGAUGGCUGACUUCCAGUAUCUUGCGGUGCAUUCAGCAAAGGUCGGCUCACAUACAUCCCUUUACAAUAAGAUAAUCUUGCAUAAACCAGAGAAUAAUGAGUUCUUUGAGCAGCCGGUGCCCCUCUUCCUUCCUCCACCCAUCUUCUCUCGCCUGGACAGUGCUGUGGACUACAACUACCGACCUGAAAUCCAACACAAGUAAGCAGGUGCACUGGGGCAGGCGUGGGAGCAACACUACACACAGUUUCACCCUCAUCAGAGGUCGUGUGUUCAGCUCAGGAACAAAUAUGCCAGUGGACAUCAACAUGUUAUGUAGUGUGUCAGUAGUAAUGCAUUAGGAUCCCCCCCCCCCCCCCCCCCCCCCCCAAUAACGUUACACAACGGCGUGUUCAACAACAGGAGGAAGACAGGAAUCCCCUUAUUUAGUUAUAAAGAUGCAGGUGCUAAUAGAUGUGGCCAUUGGACAACCCAUAGGGGUGCCAUGCCAAUAUCUUUCUGUAUUGAUUAAGUUUAGCUAAACCAUUGUGGACUUGUCUUCUGUGCAAAGAAGGCUAUUGUCCCCCGACAGUAUCCAGGGAUAAUGUGAUUGGUUUGAGUCGAGCACGUCGGCCUCACAACGCCAUUUUCCUCAACUUUGACGACCAGAACGUCCCCAUGGCCCCCCUGGAGGCUGCCAAGGUCAACUGGAAGAGGGUGUGUGUUCACCCCAGUGACAGAGGGAACAAAUGAAAAAAAGUCAGUACACUGCAUUGGGCUUCUGAGGUUGUUUCUCUGUUACUUGUUUUACAAGCCAUUGUGAAGUCUGCAUGAACCGGUCACACACAAGGGAUGCUGUUUUCACGUUUAAAACGUUUUAGUAUUAUUGUUUAACACAGAUGCAUAGGAACAUAACUUUUUUGUCAGUUUGAUCCUUUCUUUUUUCUCCUAUUGCACUCAAGUGUUUACUUAUGCUAGUUUGUAUUUUCUCUAUGAUUUAGCCUCUUUACAUCACCAUAUACAGAUGAUGUUCCUACAGUAUUUGCCCAUGGAAAAUGUACACAUAGAAAGUGUUACUUAAUGUUGCGUACAUAGCUUUGAUGUCCCCUCUGUGUUAUCUUUUCCCAAACCACACUGUGUGUAGAUGUUUGAGAGCCGGCCCAUCUGGUCCCGGAACGCGGUCAAGGCCAACCUGGACAUCCACCCUGAUAAACUCAAGCUGCUGCUCCCUAUCAUGGCCUACUAUAUGUAA